ACUCCGUCGUGACUCUCCAUAGUAAUUCCCUAUCGCGGCAGAUCCCAAUAACACAGGCGCAGAACCACGUGGAAGGCAGCAGAUCGCUACCGAACCGUCCCACCCACUCGGAAACGGAGAUCCAGAUUCACCUGCAUAAAUUCGACGCGCCUCUCCUGCGUCACGGGUUCUGUACGCGCCGCCGCCGUCGGGGGGAUGUUUGAGGAGAAGGAGCUGCUGCGCCUUUAACUUCAGCUCGUCAAGAAUCCAAAGUAAAAGUUCCACUUCUGUUCCUGCUCCCCCGUGCCUCCUCCUGACCUCCCUCCACUCGGACCCCUCAGGUUCUCCCGUCUCCUUCCCACCCGGAAAAAAAAGUUGCCACCAUGCCAAAGAACACGAAGGUGACCCAGCGGGAGCACAGCACGGAGCCGGUCACUGAGUCGGUGGCCGACCUGCUCUCUCUGGAGCAUCCCAUGGACUACAAGAGCAGUCAGAUGAGCAUGGGCCUCAGUCCUGGCUCUACUGCCCCCGUGAGGGCGCUGUUGCCUUCCCCAGACCCAGACGCAGAGGAUGGUCGACCCGCUUGGAACAACAAACUGGAGUACAUCCUGGCUCAGGUGGGCUUCUCUGUGGGUCUGGGAAAUGUCUGGAGGUUCCCCUACCUGUGCCAGAAGAACGGUGGAGGUGCAUAUCUGGUGCCAUACUUCAUCCUCCUCCUCCUCAUUGGCAUUCCUUUGUUCUUCCUGGAGUUGGCUGUCGGACAGAGGAUCCGGCGCGGAAGCAUUGGCGUGUGGAACUAUGUCUAUCCGCAACUGGGUGGCAUCGGCAUUUCCAGUCUGUUGGUGUGUGGCUUUGUGGGCCUCUACUACAACGUUAUCAUCGGCUGGAGCAUCUUCUACUUCUUCCAGUCCUUCCAGUAUCCGCUGCCCUGGGCCGAGUGUCCAGUGCAGAUUAAUGGAAGCCAAGCCAUUGUGGAGCCGGAGUGUGAUAAGAGCUCAGCCACGACCUAUUUCUGGUAUAGACAAACCCUCAACAUCACCAGCACCAUUGACGACACCGGUGGCCUGAACUGGAAGAUGACCUUGUCCCUGCUGGUGGCCUGGAUUAUGGUCUGUCUGGCUGUCAUCAAGGGGAUCCAGUCCUCUGGGAAGGUGAUGUACUUCAGCUCGCUCUUCCCGUAUGUGGUGCUAUUCUGUUUCCUCGUCCGUGGUUUGCUGCUGAAAGGAGCAGUGGACGGGAUCGCUCACAUGUUCACGCCCAAGAUUGAGAAGAUGUUGGAGCCACAAGUCUGGCGAGAAGCUGCCACACAGGUGUUCUUCGCCCUGGGUCUCGGGUUCGGAGGCGUCAUUGCUUUCUCCAGCUACAACAAGCGCGACAACAACUGCCACUUUGACGCGGCGCUCGUCUCCAUCAUCAACUUUGUGACGUCCAUCUUGGCCACUCUGGUGGUGUUCGCCGUGCUCGGGUUCAAGGCCAAUGUCAUGAACGAGAAGUGUGUCGUGGAGAACGCGGAGAAGAUCCUGGGAUACCUGAACUCUGGAGUGCUGAGCAGAGAGCUCAUCCCCCCUCACAUCAACUUCUCCCACCUGACUGCGACAGACUACGAGGAGAUGUACAGCGUCAUCAAGACGGUGAAGGAGGACGGGUUCGCUCAGCUGGGACUGGACGCCUGCCUCCUGGAGGACGAGCUCAACAAGGCCGUGCAGGGAACUGGCCUCGCCUUCAUCGCCUUCACCGAGGCCAUGACCCACUUCCCGGCCAGCCCUUUCUGGUCCGUGAUGUUCUUCUUCAUGCUGAUCAAUUUGGGCCUGGGGAGCAUGAUCGGCACCAUGACAGGCAUCACCACACCAAUCCUGGACGCCUUCAAGAUCCGGAAAGAGAUUCUGUGCGUGGUCUGCUGCAUCAUCGCCUUCUUCCUGGGUCUGCUGUUCGUGCAGCGCUCGGGAAACUACUUUGUCACCAUGUUCGAUGAUUACUCCGCCGGACUGCCGCUGACCGUGGUGGUGAUUCUGGAGAACAUCUCCGUGGCCUGGAUCUACGGAACCAAGAGGUUCAUGCAGGACCUCGAGGACAUGCUGGGGUUCAGGCCCUACUCGUUCUACUACUACAUGUGGAUGUACGUGUCCCCUGCUGUGCUGGUGCUGCUCAUCGCAGCCACCGUCAUUGAGAUGGCAGUCAGUCCUGCCGGGUACAAUGCCUGGGUGGAGGCUGAGGGGUCUGAGCGGUUCCACAGCUACCCUCCCUGGGCGCUGGCCAUGGCCUACUCCCUCAUAGUGGUGGCCAUGCUGCCUCUUCCCCUGGUCUUCAUCGCCCGCCACUUCAACCUGGUGUCCGACGGCUCCAACAAGCUCUCCGUCUCCUAUCGCAAGGGCAUGAUGAAGGACAUCUCCAACCUAGAGGAGCAGGACGAGCAGCGCUUCAUCCUUGGCAAGAACCCUGCUGAAGCCCCCUCACCGAUGCCCGCACACCGGGCCUACCUGGGCCCUGGUGGCACCACGGAGAUGACCAACACCAACUAUGGCACCAGCACCAAGACGGGCUACCAGAACAUCGGCUCGCCGGAGUCUGAGCUAUGAUCGCCUGGGCACCCACCCCCUGAAGAUGGAAGAACAAAAGAUGGAGUGGGGAAGAACUUCCACUUUGUUCAUCUCAUCUUCACCUCCAGAGCAGUUUUCUAUCCCUCCGUCUGCGCUCCCUCGCUCCUUCACCACGGGAUCCGUGCUGCUAGCUCCCUCUCCGUCCAUCCUUGAUGACGACAGAGGAAUGUGAGUGUCGCUAAAGAAGACGACAGCCAAGGAGGGAAGGAGAAUUGGAGGCGUCCAAGCCAUAGCAGAUUAUUGUCCUACUCUGUUUCACAUCUUCAGGACGAGGGUGGAAGGAAAUUCCGACUGACGGUUGCCAACAGGUCAGUACCGAAAGCACAUCACAUUUGGGUCUCGGUGCCUCUCAUCCAUCAGCAUUCACCCCAGAACUGUGAAUCUCCUUCGAUCCUUGGCGAAGUACUUGUACAUACGUGUUGUGUAGUAGCCUGAGACGUCACCGUUGAUGAUGCGUAUCACAUUAGUGCGAAGCAAGGGAAACCGACGGCCCUGUCACACCUGUUUUAAAUGCUUGAAUUCUAGGUGUGACGGGGUCUGCAAGCUCACCUCCCAAUACUGAGCCACAUUUCCACAUCAGGUGCCGCUUUUGCAUUUCAAUCAUGGCCGCCUCGGAAGGGUGAGCAGAGAUAAGCAGACGGGCUACAAAAGUGUUGUCUUGGUGUCCGUGCAGCUGUGUAAGUGUGUGUUGUCGCCCCUCUGUGACCUCGCCUGUUUAAAAAUAGAGCUGUUUCCCGGGGGAAGCGGUGGCGCCUCACUAUAGAUACCAUCCCUGGUGAGAUGUGGAGGAGUGUUGUGAACCCCUGCACAGCAAUACAGAGCAGGGCGCUGCCAUGCUGCACUGAGGAUCCGACCUGUUCGGUCCUUCAUCUGAGAAUGAACUAAGGACUAUAUUUAAAUGUCUUUUUGUCAACAACGGUGUGAAACAAAAGCAUUUUUAGCGGUGAUAUUGUGUGGCAGUGUGUGUAGGGGUAAUACUGUGUUGUGAUUUUAAUGUAACGAUGUGGUAAUUCACGGUUUUAACCACCGGGUGGCGCUGCUCGCCAGCAGUAGAGCCUUCCUCGUCAUGUAGCCCCUCCCCUCAGACCACAGCGACAGUACAGGUGAAGAGAGAAGCACAGUCGCGGCAACGCUGGUGCCUGAGCAGCGUCACUAUUGUCGAUCUGCCUUAUUCUUCAACCGUUUUUUGGUGCGUUCCACGUAGAGUUCGGACCAAAUGUUGCGUCCUUCCACUUGAGCACUUUAAUUAAUCGGAGACCCCGGAGUUGUUUGGAGUUUUGCGCACUAUUCUACAACACUGCCAGAGAAUGUGACAAGCAAUAUUCAUAUUCAAGGACAAAUGCGUUUUAGUUUUUUUAGUUGCGGGUGCAACAAAGUCUGAGAUAAAAAUAGGUUUAGAACUACAAUUGAGCAAUACAGUUUUAUUUCCAAAGGGCUACGACUGAUUGUGAAACGUUUACGAUCAAUUGUGGAACAAACAGUUGAAGCAGCAAUGACGAAGAUUGAAAAGCUGAAUUCACUGCUCCUUUUCAAACAUAAAUACCUGGAGAAAAUUAACAAAAUAUUUCAUGAAAAUAUUUAAUAAUGUGAAUUAAAUAUAUUUAAAAAUCUAAAAUAUUAUGGUUUAAACACCCAAAUAUUGUAACAAUAACAGUCGAAACGUGAAAUUAAUAUAUAAAUGGACUUAAAUUAUGCAUUUUCUUUGCCUUAUUGAACAGGUUUCUGUCCGACUUCUGUCCAGACAUUCAUCUUUUAUCAGAUUUUGUGA